AUGAUGAAAGAUUACACAGUACAAUGGGUGGUUAUAACACUUGCGGUUUUGGAAGUUAGUGCGAGCGACAAGCGACCGCGAUUUGUCACGGAACCGCCCGCUCGCUUACUAUGGCCCGCCACACGCGGCGCACAUGCAUUGUGCCGGGCCAUGGGACAUCCACCUCCUGACAUUCACUGGGUCACGGCUGAAGGACAACUUUUAACUACCAUACCGGGGUUGAGGCAUGUCUUGAGUGAUGGACGUUUGGUAGUCGGCGCGAGACGAUCGCUUAUGGACGCGGGAAGUAGCGGUGGAGCUAUGCUUCGAUGUCGAGCUUCAAAUCGAGUCGGAACAGUAUUAUCCAGACCAGUUAUGCUACAACCUGUGGAAGAUAAUGUACUAUCGCAUGGCACACGGCAGCUCACGCCAGCCAAGGUCGGUGGCUCCGUAGUGCUGCGGUGUGAACUUUCACCACAAGUAGGUCUGGUGGAUAUAACGUGGUUGCAAGAUGGACUUCCUCUUUCAUCUGGAUAUUUGAGUGUUGAAUCACGCUGGGUGUCAGGUGCUAGCGGUCUUCUUCUUGGUUUAGACUUAACGCAGGCGGACAUACAAGCGGAAUAUACCUGCGUAGCCCUCGAUACGCCAAGUUCACCUUUGAAACUCACUACUGAUGAUAGCAGCUGGUUAGAAAACAUUGAACUGAACUCGGUGGAAGCACGUACCGGAGACACUGUUGUAUUGCCUUGUAUUUUACGUCAUAUGAGUGGCCAUAGUAUUAGUUGGCAACGACAAGACGCUAGUGGGACUUGGACACCAGUAACUUCAGAAGGUAUCGUCCGAGGCGGAUCACUUGUAAUAUCUAGCGCUCGAACCCAUCACGCAUCACGAUAUGCUUGUUCAUCAAAUCCGGAUUCCCCUUCAAGAGUCCUUGUAAAGCUGGUCAUAUAUGAGCCUUUGACAGUUACCGUGGCACCAAACCCUCUGAUGAUAGGCACAGGCGGCACCGGCCACUUCAACUGUUCGGUGCAUGGCGGCCGCAGUGGCGGCACUACCUUGAGUUGGCAGCACGAGGGGAGGCCACUACACGCUCCACAGUCACGCCUGUCCAUAGGACCUGUCCGGUCACAUCACGCGGGCCUUUACCAGUGCACAGCGCACGACCAUACAGAAUCCGCUGUAGCAGGAGUUGAAUUAGUCAUUGCUGACAGGCCGCCAAGAUUGGUGUCAACAUUUAGUGGGGCGAUUGCCAGAAUUGGACAAAGCAUUGUGAUAAGAUGUGCUGCUACUGGAGUUCCUUCGCCUCGCAUACUUUGGACUUUGGACGAUCGCCCAUUGCCUGCUGCUCCAGAUAAGUAUAGUGUUAAUACGAGAGCAGAAGCAAUACCUGAAAGUGAAGAAGGAACCAUAGUUUCAACUCUAAGUGUUACUAUAAGAACUGCUGAUGAGGGAGGUAGAUACGGCUGCAAUGCAACCAAUUCUCAAGGAUCACAUGCCCAUCAAGCACGACUCAACGUUUAUGGUCCACCAAAUAUCAGAUAUUUACCAGCACUCCAUGUUAAGACUGACACAGAUGUGACAAUACACUGUCCUUAUUCAGGGUAUCCUAUAAAGGAAGUGGUCUGGAGGCGAGAAGAUGGGUCGUUAGUAGAAAGUGUUAUGGGCGCUAAUGAUGAACGAGGAGUUUUAAGACUGAAUUCAGUAAGAAGUGCAGCAGCUGGCACUUAUACGUGUGAAGUGAGGGCUGAAAGUGGUGAACUUGCAAGAAGAACCGUACGAAUUGAAGUUCAUAAGCCACCAAAGAUAGCGCCGUUUCAAUUUCCUGAAGAGCUUGAAGUGGGAGGAAGCACUCAAGCUACCUGUAGCUUAGUAUCUGGUGACAAACCUAUUCAAUUCACUUGGCACAAGGACAAUUUACCGAUACCUUCUAUACUUAAAGUUGAACAGAAAAAUAUGGAUUUCUUUUCUUUACUGAUCAUUCAAGAUCUAACUUCGAGUCAUAGUGGAGAAUAUUCGUGCAGAGCUACAAAUGAUUUUGGAACGGUUAGCCAUAGUGCUUCGUUAAUUGUCAAAGAUGGUGAUAACUGGCGUCACGUUCUUUGGGGUCAGUCCGAAGCUACUGAUGCCAGUGGAGGCUCGAUACUACUAGAUGGUACUAUCUGGCUAAGAGCCGCAAGCCCAGAGCAUGAAGGCUGGUACAGAUGUACCGCAAGAGUUCAACAUUCUUUUCUACACCAUUCAUUUUAUCUUGACAUUAGGGAGCCGCCAAGACUAAGUAGAAGUGGGAGUGGUGAAACUCGAUGGGUAGUGAGAGGCUCUACAGCAAUAUUAUCUUGUACAGUAAGAGGAGAACCGGAGAUACACGUACACUGGACACACGACUCUAGACCUCUUGCUUUACAUGGUUCCGGUGAAGUUGAAAAUAGGGAUACGGGUUCUGGCACAAUGUUGUCAGAAGUGACAAUACCGCAUGCAGGACCGGAGCAUGCUGGAGAGUACCGUUGCCUCGCUCGUAACUUGUAUGGCAGUGGCGAACUUGUUUUUCGACUAUUCGUUAAAGAACGUCCCAGCGUCCCUGAAGAAGUACGAGUAUCAGAAGUGUGGUCACGUAAAGCUCGUGUGACAUGGCGUGUUACGCGAGGUGCGCUUGUAUCCCACUACUCGCUGCAGUACCGCGCACUCACACGCGACUUGUCACACUCCUCCUUAGACGCACCGUUACCCCCGCUCCUCGACAGCUGGGAAACACAAGACGUCCUCAACCUCACAUUGGCUAAUUCAGAUUUACUUCACGUCGCGUCAGAAGGCCCAGGACGUGCGGGUGCAGCGGUGGCUGGUCUUUCGCCUGAUACUCGAUAUGCACUGCGCAUGGCCGCUUUCAACGACGUCGGUGCCUCACCUUACACUACACCACUACACUUUACUACACGUGAAGAAGCUGAAGGUAAAGGGACAUUAAGUGAUAGCCCAGGAUCUGAAAGCGGGGCUAGUGCAGAUGCAACGAGUACUACUUUGAGGGGUUUGAAAGCAGCCACGAGAUAUGGCGUAACAAUUCGGUCUUACAAUGCUGCGGGGACUGGACCUCUAUCGCCGCCACACUAUCGAUAUACACUAGAGUCACCACCAACUGGUAGCCCAGAAGGAGUGACGUGUGUAUCAAGUGGUUCAACGUCACUCAGAGUGCUUUGGCGGCCUCCCCCACCCGACGCAAGAGGAGGGCUUUUAACCCAUUACACAUUGCAAUAUACAAGACGCGAUGCGGAUCCUAUGCUACCAACACAGGACGCGUUCUUGAGGUUACAGGGUGAAGAAGCGACAGUAUCGCGCCUGACUCCUUACGCUGAAUACGAAAUACGGGUACGGGCUCACAAUGCAGCUGGUGAUGGACCACUAUCGGCUCCUCAAAUUUGCAGAACUGAUGAAGAUGUACCGAGUGCCCCGGGUGGUAUGAAAUUAAUAGCGCUUGGUGAGCGAUCGCUGCGCGCUUCCUGGUUGCCACCGCCGGAACCGAACGGAAAACUCACACAUUACAUGCUCUAUGUUAAGGAUCUCUCCGGCUCUCAAGAGCCAAAUGUGACUCGUGUAAACGCGUGCGUGGAAACUGAGGGUAGUACGACGGAAUGCACUCGACAGCUGAGGGGACUACGCGCGGGUCGGACUUACGAAGCGUGGGUACGUGCUGUAACACUAGCAGGUGAAGGGCCGCCUUCUUCUUCUGUGGCAUGUCAAACCAGCGCUUUAGCACCAGCCCGUAUCUCGUCAUUUGGUGGAGUUGUGAUGGGCGCGGCGGGUGGUUCACUCUCAUUGCGGUGCGUUGUGGGUGGUGCUCCGCCUCCGGCCAAGCGCUGGUUGCGCGGGGGCACACCGCUACACCCACGCCCUCCUUUCCACCUUGACGGAGACGCGCUGCUUAUCAGAGGUUUGGAAUUAUCUCACGCUGAUAACUAUACUUGUGUGGCUGAGAACCCACAUGGGUCGGACUCAGCUACGUGGCGAGUAGUGGUGCUUCGCCCACCAGCCCCUCCAGGGUUAGCGCUAUUAGAGGCCCGAUCAAGAGAACUAGAGUUGGAGCUAAGACCAGCCCUUAGGGCGCCCGGUCAUGCUAUUCCUAAGACAUAUACUAUACACUGGAGACUCACUUCACCGGAGGGAGAAUGGCGCAUACAGAUAGCAAGUCCGGGGCCCUUUACUUUGACAGGGCUUCGGUGUGGUUCUGCAUACAGAGUUUAUGGAUCAGGUGGAGGUGCACCAGGAUCUGAGCUAGCUGUGAGAACUUCUGGAGGACCCCCUACUGCUCCUCCUGAUGCAAGAUGGAUUAGAGCUAAUGCUACUCAUGCAAGGUUCGAUACCACUGCCUGGAGUGAUGGAGGGUGUGGUCCCGUUGCGUUAAAAUUGGAAUGGGCCGGAUCUGGAAUUGCUGGUUCUAGGGAUGUGCCGGUUGGUGGAGAAGUUAUAUUAGGUGGUCUAACUCCCGGGUCCCGGUAUCGUGUAGCAGCUCGUGCAUCAAAUGAAGCGGGCUGGACGCGCGAAGUUUACGAAUUCGCAACUGCCGCGGCAGAUGGACUAGCUGAAGAAGUAGAUGCACCUUUCCCUGCAACAGCCGGCGAACUGGCACUGUUGCUAGCAUUAUGUGCAGCAUUAUCGCUAGCAGCUUUGACAAUACUUGCCAUAUUAUUGAGACGAAAGAGAACCGACGGUGCUGUUGCGCGUGCAUCGACGAGUGCAGAGAAGCCAACAUGUGGCACAUACAGAGCGCCACAACAUCAAUCUUCAAAGCUACCACCUGAUCCACCAGAUGUUUACGAGAUAAGCCCAUACGCCACAUUUGCGGGUGGCGCGGGCGUGGGUGCAGGCUGCGGCGGCGCGCGCGCAUACACAUUGCAGCUACGCGCACUUGCCAGACACGACGACGACGCCGCGCCACCACAACAUGCACCAUGUUGCGACGAGGAAACCUGCGUAGACGCAUGUGACGCGCAACGACGACGGAGACGCCGAAGACAUUACUGCCCUGAUCAUGGCUGCUCACAAGAUUCAGGAAGUUGA